GCCCAGCUAAUGGCUGCAAGGAUCUCUCCCCUGUUUUGUCCAACCUGAGUACCGCAGCGCUCUGCCACCUCGGGACAUUUUGACCUCUCAGUGAGCAACUUCGGAGCUCUGAGUCAGGCGCCCGUUGUGAAACGGGAGGUUGGGUCUUGUCCUGGAAAUUGUGUCGCAAUCCCACAACUCAGAAAAUCCCACGUGAGUCAGCGGAGUCUGGGCGCCAGCUGCAAGCAGUCAGCCCCUCGGAGCUGCAAAAGACACAACUGGAAAGUUGCUGCCUGCGGAGCUCCUGCAGGAUUGGCCCCAUCUUCCUGCCAUCUUUCCACUUCGUGAAAAACCUAGAGAUUCCACCUUGGUCUCCUUCAGCAAACAUGGGCUCCAUGUUCCGCAGCGAAGAGAUUUGCCUGGCCCAGCUCUUCCUGCAGUCGGCUUCGGCGUACAGUUGCGUCAGCGAAUUAGGCGAGCAAGGACUUGUGGAAUUCCGUGAUCUGAACCCCCAUGUCAGCGCCUUCCAGCGACGUUUUGUGGGGGAAAUCCGGCGGUGUGAAGAUAUGGAGAAAUCCUUCACUUUCUUAGCACAGCAAGUGUGGAAGGCAGGCCUGACACUGACACCCCCUGAGGAGAACCUGCCAGCUCCUCUGGCUCGGGAUGCCCUGCAGAUCCAGGAGCAGUCUGAGCGGCUGGCACAGGAGCUGAGGGAGGUGAGCCACAACCGCGAGAAGCUGGUUGGUCGGCUACAGGAGCUGCGCGAGCACAUUCAGGUGCUACAGGAGGGACAGCGUUUCACAGGCCAACUGCAGGUGCCGUUAGCAUCACCAGCUCGGCCACGAACCUUCUCUGACAGAGAACCUCUGCUUGACCCAUCCAUGGCACAGCGGCUUGACCUCAAAGUAAACUUUAUCGCAGGUGUGAUCCACCCAUGGCGGGUGAAUGUGUUUGAACGGCUGCUGUGGCGCGCAUGCCGUGGCUACCUUGUGGCCAACUUCACUGAGAUGCCGGAGCCCAUGGAAAACCCAGCCACGGGCGAGAGCGUCACCUGGGUCAUCUUUCUCAUCUCCUUCUGGGGGGAACAGAUUGGGCAGAAAAUCCGCAAGAUUGCUGACUGCUUUCACUGCCACCUGUAUCCUUACGCUGACAAGGAGGCUGAGCGCUUGGAGACACUGUAUAAACUGCGCACUCAGAUUGAAGAUCUGACCACGGUCUUGGGCAAGACGGAGCAAUACCUGGACCAGCUGCUGCAGAAGGUGCUCUUGGAAUUGCCUGCUUGGCAAAUGCGGAUACAGAAGAUGAAGGCCAUCUACUUCAUCCUCAACCAGUGCAGCUUCAACAUCACCGACAAGUGCCUCAUCGGGGAAGUCUGGUGUCCUGUCCGCGACCUUCCUGCUGUGCAGCAGGCUCUGCGUGAGGGAUCGCACCGCAGCGGUUCUGGGGUGGAGUGCUUUGUUCACCAGAUUCCCUGCACUGAGAGCCCCCCGACCCUCAUUCGCACCAACAAGUUCACUGCCGGCUUCCAGAGCAUUGUUGACGCCUACGGGGUGGCUAGCUAUCAGGAGGUGAACCCAGCUCCCUAUACCAUCAUCACCUUCCCUUUCCUGUUUGCUGUCAUGUUUGGGGAUGUUGGCCAUGGGCUGCUGAUGUUCCUCUUUGCCCUUUGGAUGGUGCUGGCUGAGAACCGCCCCAGCAUGAAGAAGGCGCAGAAUGAGAUCUGGCAGAUGUUCUUUGAGGGCCGCUACCUCAUCCUCCUGAUGGGUGCCUUCUCUGUCUACACCGGCUUCAUCUACAACGAGUGCUUCAGCAAAGCCACCAACAUCUUCCCCUCUGCCUGGAGCAUCGCUACCAUGGCCAAUCAGUCAGAUUGGAGUGAGGAGUUCUUAGCUGGAAACCCUGUUCUUGCCCUGAACCCCAAUGUCACGGGAGUUUUCAAAGGUCCUUACCCUUUUGGGAUAGAUCCGAUCUGGAGCCUGGCCAUCAACCAUCUCACCUUCUUGAACUCCUUCAAGAUGAAGAUGUCUGUGAUCCUGGGCAUUGUGCACAUGAGCUUUGGGGUCUGGCUUGGCAUCUUCAACUACAUCCACUUCAAGAACUACUACAAGAUUCUCCUGGUUUUCGUUCCGGAGAUCAUCUUCCUGCUGGGACUCUUUGGCUACCUUGUAAUCAUGAUCUUUUACAAAUGGCUGGCGUAUGACGUCUCCGAUUCCCAGUCUGCUCCCAGCAUCCUCAUCCACUUCAUUAAUAUGUUCAUGUUUUCAAACGAUGCCAGUAAUGUUCCACUCUUUAACCACCAGGCCCUGGUGCAGACAGUGUUGGUGGUGGUAGCCCUGGCCUGUGUGCCUAUCUUGCUGCUGGGGACCCCCUUGUACCUCUGGAGCCAGCACCGACAGAAGGCCUCUUUGUCCAGGCACAAUCCUUCCAGCGCAGAAGAACGCCAGCCUCUGCUAAACUGUCAGGAGCCGAGCAGAUCUGUGAACGUUGCUGAGGAUGAUGUGGAUUGUGCCAAAUCCAAACAGGAGUUGGAGUUUGACUUCUCCGACGUGUUCAUGCAUCAGGCAAUCCACACCAUCGAGUACUGCCUUGGCUGCAUCUCAAACACAGCCUCCUACCUCCGUCUCUGGGCUCUCAGCUUGGCCCACGCACAGCUCUCAGAGGUCCUGUGGACCAUGGUGAUGAGGAACGGCCUUCACAUUACGGGCUACAAAGGUGGGGUCCUCCUCGUCCCGGUUUUUGCCUUCUUUGCGGUACUGACUGUGGCAAUCCUGCUGGUGAUGGAGGGGCUUUCGGCUUUCCUGCAUGCCCUGCGUCUACACUGGGUGGAAUUCCAGAACAAAUUCUACACAGGCUCUGGGUACCGGUUCACCCCGUUCACCUUCACUACAGACACCUGGGACUAAGAGAGAAAGGACAUCUUUCUUCCCAGAGAGCAGAUGUACUGUGUGCCCUCAUGAGCCAAUUGGCUUAUGCUGUGUUUUUUUAUAUAUAUA